CAGUGCUUAGUGCAAGCUAGUCGACCCGGGCAAGGCUGCACUGUCACGCAUGGAAUGGAGAUCCCGGCCUCGACUUUGUAAAAACGUUCGGUAGAAAAUCUCGAUCGAACUUGGUUACUGAUUUUUCCAGUGCGUUAUAAUGAUAUGAUUAUUAUUGUUCACAUUCACUAACUAUAUGACCGAGGAUUUUUUUAACCAUUUGGACGAUCACUAUGAACUCUUGGCCGAUGCCCCCGUAUGAGCGGCUGCUGGUGGAUGUCAACCAGUUGAGCUAUCACAACACGGUGGCGGUCCGCAACGAGGACGGUGCGUAUUGGCUGGGCCACAUUCAGGAUAUCGUCGGGGACUAUACUCUCAUCCACUUUGCUGGCAAAAAGGUCCCCGCCAGCUGGAUCCAUGCGGGACGGGUGUGGCCUUUGUCGGCUCUUCGGUAUAGCGAUUGGAAAGACGUCCCCGUAAUGGUGGCACUCCGUGAUGAGGACGACGGGCCACUCCGCUUUCGCCGGGCGGUGGUACUGAAUCAUGUCAUUUUUUUGGGCGAGCCGUAUAUGUAUUUUAUUAGAACGGAUGGACCUGGAGCUGGUAGCGAGUCUUGCACUGGUCGGACGGAAUUGGUGGAUGUAUGCCAAAUUGUCGGGCAGUCGGCGUGGGACGAGCCGGCGCUGCUGUACCGCAGCAGCGGUUUAAUCUUCCGCAAACACUUUAUUCCGUUCGCCCGGGCGCAAGAGGUUCUGCGCGACGGCGCCGACAAGUUGCGUAUAAUCCAACGUUGCUGUAGAACGUAUCGAAAGGAUGUGGCAUAUAUGGGUGGCUGUCCUUAUUACGACCGAUUCCAUCUUCGCACUGAAGCCAGUGGAUGCACGUUUAUCAUCAUCAGCCGGGCAGGCGGCGUGGAGACCGAGCAGCAGUCGGUGGCAGCGCUGUCGGCACUGCUGCAAGCCCACGUGGACUCUCGGGCCGAUCGGCCCCCGACUGAUUACGGCGACCUUUGCGGCCAUGGUCGCGCGCUCGGUGGCGAAGAUAUGCGAGCGGCUAUACAAUCUUCGGACACUGUGAUCAGUGAUCUACCGCUUCUCCUGCUCUGCGAAGUUUUUGCUCAUCACGACCUGCACUCCUGCAUGAGGCUUAAACGAGUGUGUGCGCUAUGGCUUGCGCUGCUCAGCCGUCCUCAAGCAACGGAGCACAUCAGCAUCUGCUUUGAAACCUGCUCUUGCACCAAAAUGUCUCCCGAUUUGAACUACGGUAAAGUCGCGUCUCUCCUGAGCCGUACGGUCAACGUAGCGACCAAAAGUAUCACGGUGCUGCAGCUGUUCAGCAGUCCCGCUCGUUUGAGAAACCUGUUAGUAGCCAUGGGAAUCACCGUACCGACCAUAAUGUUCAAAGGCUGUACGGUUACAACAUGUGCUCCAUAUUCGAUAUAUCGCUGUUACGGCGCGGAACCAGAUCGACUGCGGUACGCAGUGGCGAUGCAGCCGGCCGAGUUUGACGCGUGCUGUCGGCGUGUUCUGCUGUACAACUGGACCGUGUAUGAAAUGUUCGGCGAUGCCAUCUUCGAGCUGCUCUACUGUUCCACCCCCCACGUCAUCGACGAUUUAGUUCCUCUGCCCCCGACGAAACGCAGUGGAUGGCGCGCCUGA